GAUGAAUACCUUUUCCRUUGCAUGCAUCCUUGCUGUUUUGGGAGUCGCCCAUGGUUUCUCCAUGACCAUGAACGCUGCUGAGCGUACCUACAUCAUGGUACGUACCCGCGGAAAGGAUGCUAUUUGUUCGACCACGACAURUGCAGACGUGGAUUUAUGCUAAGUUGUGCUAACAAAAAUGUUGUUUUAUAUCAUCACAGAUCAAACCUGAUGGAGUUCAAAGAGGAAUCGUCGGUAAUAUCAUCAGCCGAUUUGAAACCAAGKGUUACAAGUUGUCUGCCAUGAAGACCAAGCAAGCAACCAAGGAGCUUCUCGACGAACACUACAAAGAUCUCGUCGAUAAGCCUUUCUUCCCUGGUCUCAGAGAUUACAUGAUGAGGUAAGAAAUAACGAAAAUUCRCAUGUGGRGUAAUCAUGUUGAAGAGCCUGUCAAAAAAUGAAGUGCAAAGGAAUGUGUUUGGCAAWUCCAUUAUUUCGACAUCUCAUCGUAUCCUGCAUCUUUCUGUCGGUGCACAUCACAUUUGAUAUUAAAGCGGCCCUGUUGUCUGCAUGGUUUGGGAAGGAAAGGAAGCCGUCGUCACUGGACGAAAGAUGUUGGGAGAAACUAACCCAUUGGCCUCGAGCCCAGGAACCAUCCGAGGAGAUUUCUGUAUCGAGGUGGGACGAAACAUCUGCCACGGAAGUGACUGCGUUGAAAACGCCGAGAAGGAAAUUGCUCUUUGGUUCGACGAUGAUGAAGUGAUUGACUGGACAAGCCACUCCAAGGACUGGAUUUACGAGUAAAUACUCUGUCCUCCACUUUAGAAUUUAAAAGGAUAAUACUACUUUCAUUCUAUUGGUGCAAUUUKAGAUUUUUUUCUUACAAUUUCCYUCCGCAGCGCAAUGGAUCAUUUCUUGUUGUUGGUCGUACGUGGAAACAAGGGGAUAGAUUGCGUUCUUAUUUUUUACUCUCGGCUUUGCUGCUGUAAUCCAUUUUCAAGUGCGAUUUUUCCUGGGUGGAAAAUUAUCMUUAGAUCAUKGUAAGCCUCAGCUGCUUUUUCCAAGACUAUCAUCRAUCUCACAUGAUUCUGGGUCAGGUUGGGGCUCCGUGCAGUGCACCACUGUUGAUCUUGUUAUCUCGUGUGCUAAUAACCGAAAAUCUGGUUCGGGAUAGAAUCUAUGUUGAGGACUAUAGAGUCGCAACGAUCCAACACUGUUCAUGUAUAGAUCGCAAUACCGUCUCAGCGAAUGGGCAAAUAAGCUGGGCUGAUAACGCGCCCGGAAAACACUACCAAACGGGUUUCCAAGCAUGUUUGUCUCUCGAUCUCUCCACAUAGAUACUAACUUUUCUAAUUUGUCYAGCACCAACGAGUCUUCAACGGUAUAUUCUCUUGUGCCCAUUUCCAGUUGUACUUGUCUGAGUGCAGUCAACAAAAUUGCUAUGGUUUUUUCAGCCAGUACAUGGUCGUUAGAUUGUUGAACAUCUAACUCAAAUCCAACCUCCGGUGUCACAGCUGCGGUAAUCCAUCCGUAUUCUCGUUUGGCAUCAACCAAAUCGGCAAAAAGGGAAUCUCCAAUAUACAACACGUUGGAAU